UCCCCUGGGCCCUGCUCCCUGCCCUCCUGGGCAGCCAGGGCAGCAAGGACGGCACCCAGGGAGCUGCCCCAUGGACAGGGCCCCACAGAGACAGCACCGAGCCUCGCAGGAGCUGCUGGCUGCCAAGAAGACCCACACCUCGCAAAUCGAAGUGAUUCCUUGCAAAAUCUGUGGAGACAAGUCAUCUGGCAUCCACUACGGGGUGAUCACCUGUGAGGGAUGCAAGGGUUUCUUCCGCCGGAGCCAGCAGUGUAACGUGGUCUACUCCUGCACCCGCCAGCAGAACUGCCCCAUCGACCGCACCAGCCGAAACCGAUGUCAACACUGCCGCCUGCAGAAAUGCCUGGCACUGGGCAUGUCCCGAGAUGCUGUCAAGUUCGGCCGCAUGUCCAAGAAGCAGAGGGACAGCCUGCACGCCGAGGUGCAGAAACAGCUGCAGCGGCAGCAACAGCAGCAGCGAGGACAGGUGGCCAAGACCCCACCAGCGGGGGGCCAGGGAGCUGACCCCCUCGCCUGCCCCAUAGGGCUCCCAGAUGGGCAGCUGCCCCUGGGCUCAUCACCUGACCUACCCGAGGCCGCGGCCUGCCCCCCUGGCCUCCUGAGAGCCCCAGGCUCCGGCUCCUCCUACCCCAGCAGCCUGGCCAAGGCUGGGCCCGACAGGGCCUCGUACCACCUGGAAUACAGCCCCCAGCGGGGUAAGGCUGAGGCCAGCGGUGGCUUCUACGGCACAGGCAGCCAGCUGAGCCUGGAAAGAUGCGCACUUCACUUUGAAGACGCCAGGCCUCCUGGACUGGAGGAGCCAGGACGGGGCCCAGACACCUACUGUAGCCCCAGUUCCCACAGCGCCUUGGAGGCAUCCUAUGCCUCCCUGAUGGAGACUGAGCACCUGGUACAGAAUGUUUGUAAGUCCUACCGAGAGACGUGUCAGUUGCGGCUGGAGGACCUGCUACGGCAGCGCCCUAACAUCUUCUCCCGGGAGGAGGUGGCCAGCUACCAGAGGAAGUCCAUGUGGGAGAUGUGGGAACGCUGUGCCCACCGCCUCACCGAGGCCAUUCAGUACGUGGUGGAGUUCGCGAAGAGGCUCUCAGGCUUUAUGGAGCUCUGCCAGAAUGACCAGAUUGUGCUUCUCAAAGCAGGAGCAAUGGAAGUGGUUCUGGUCCGGAUGUGCCGGGCUUACAAUGCUGACAACCACACAGUCUUUUUCGAAGGCAAAUACGGUGGCAUGGAGCUGUUCCGAGCCUUGGGCUGCAGCGAGCUCAUCAGCUCCAUCUUUGACUUCUCCCGCUCCCUGAGUUCCUUGCGCUUUUCUGAGGAUGAGAUUGCUCUCUACACGGCCCUGGUCCUCAUCAACGCCAACCGUCCGGGGCUCCAAGAGAAGAGGAAAGUAGAACAGCUACAGCACAACCUGGAGCAGGCUUUUCAUCACCAUCUCUACAGGACUCACCGCCAAGGCAUCCUGGCAAAGCUGCCGCCCAAGGGGAAGCUUCGGAGCCUGUGCAGCCAGCAUGUGGAAAAGCUGCACACUUUCCAACAUCUCCACCCCAUCGUGGUCCAAGCCACUUUCCCUCCACUCUACAAGGAACUCUUCAGCACUGAAAUCGAGUCACCUGAAGGGCUGUCCGAGUGACCUGAAGAACGGACUCCUUUCCCUCCCCUUGAGCCUACUGGCCCUCUUCCCUGGAUCUCCUCCCACCUUCAUAUUUUUCUUACCUGUGCCCCGGGAGGGUGGUCUCCGCCUAUUCUCUAGGGAUGAGCAAUUGCUGAGACUGGCUUUCUGCCCACAGGCGUGCCUGGCAGUGGGCCAAGAGCCAGAGGGUGGUGAUGAAGGAACACCAUCUCCAGCCUCAGCGUUGUUGCAUCUGCUCUCCCAUGACCCUUCACCCCCAGCUUCUGAGAGGCCUGGGGUGGCACAUAAGGACCUCUAGGAGGACCAUGGUGUCCUCAGGACACCAGGAGAAUCCAGUCGACUCUGGGCUCAGAAGCUAAGAAUAGGACUUUAAAAUACCUCAUUGCAUUUCCCUGUGGGCUUUGGCUGGGGAUAUGUGUCAAGCUCAGAGACAGGCAGCUGGAGCCCAGAAGGACCUGUAUAUAACAUGAAUCCAGAUCUUUAGAUUUUCUGCCUUCCCCCUUCCUCUCAGCUCAGCAAGGAAGUGGUUGGGCGCCCUGCCCUUUUCCCGGGGUCUAAAAAAAAACUAGAUAUGUGGAGGAUAAGGAUGGGAUGGGGGGAUGGGGCUGGGAUAAUUUUUUUUUUUUUUUUUUUAUGGAAUUUGGGUAUAGGGAUAGAGUACAAUGGAGGCCAAGAGCAUCAUAGAUAGAAUUAGAACUCAAGUCUCUUAUGUGCACUUUAGAAAUAGACUUUAGGGGUCAGCGCAAAUCUGAUGGGAGACACACAUCCACAUGCAGGUGAAACACAAACACUCACAAACUCAAACUGCAAUUAUGCGUCUCUGUAGACUCAUUUAAUCUGACACAAUUUUUGUCUUCUUUGAGGUCACAGCUCAGAGGCACUUGUGGCCUCAGGGAAAAAGUCCCGUCCUGAGGGACCCCAGAACAUUUUCAUGGUACACCAACCUUAGACUGGGGGAUGCCCAAACUCAAUCCCAGCCCCAGCUGUCUUCUAGCACAAGGAACCCCAAAAGAAGAGACGGCUGCGCACUGGUCAGCCAGAUGCCCCAGACAGACCCUUGGAAGAGUCCUCCUGUCAUCAUGGAGAAAGAAGCCAGACACAAUUUCAUCCCAACUCCCGCAGGGAGGAGACCAGGGAACAGGACACACACCUGUUUUUCUGGCUGGGAUUGUGCCCCUGAACUUCUCUUGGCUUUACAAAUCGCUGUGAGCCCUCCUCUGAGGGAUAAACAGCAAGUGAUGUGGGGGUGUUGUGUUCCUCUCAGGGGAGGGCUUUAGCUGGCUAAACAUAAACCCCAACUUGGGCUAUUCUUUAUAAAAUGA